UGAAAGACAAUGAAGGAGCAGGGGGGGCGAUCCCAAUGCCAUUGCGGCCGCUCUCAAGGAGUCACUGCUUUGCAGAGGCAAUAGGGUUCAAGGUUGUGCUAUGGCGGCGCCCGGGUUAGGAGCAGAGGAGCCCUCUCUGGGUGCUUACCGACUGGAUCCGCCAGAGGUUCUAAGCCCAACUGAGCCCUGGAUGUCCGGGGACUUGCCACAGCCUAGUUCCUCUCACAACCAGCCGGUGAACUUAGUGGAGCCUACGCUUGUCGAUCCUCAAACAAGUAGUCAGCCACAAGAAGGAGAGGCACUCCCUGCAAUAGGAAAGACCAUGUCACAGACGCCCGUCAAAGGGGAGGGGCAAUGUACAGACGCAUCAGAUGUUGACGAAGUUUGUCAGCCAAGGGCAGAGUCAGAAAGCUUACAGAGCCUUACGGGUCCCUCGGAAGCGGCAACAGAGAGCAGUCCUCUCAAGCUGUCCCGCCAAGAAGGGAGUCCUGAUGUCAUCUGGCCAAGUGAGCCUGUUGAUCAGCACGUGAGCUCAGAAGCAGAUGCGGUGUCAACAAUGGCAGCAGUUCCUGAUGCCACGAGGGGCACCCACACUGACCGGAACUUGGGGGCAGGGAGCAGCACUCUAGGCAGGUCUCCAGCAAGCAAAGGGGAGCAAGGGACACUGCAGAGCUGGCCCCCCCCUGAGAGGAGUCCGCUGAGCAAGCCGUCUGCAGCGAAGGCUACUCAAGAGUGGCGCAGGAAGAAAGGGAGCAAGGAAAAUUCCCCGCUGCCUAAGUAUAGAAGCAAGGGACCAAAGGGGGUGGUGGUCGGCCAAAGCGAGGCAGCGAGCCCAAAGCCAGAAAGAUCUCCUCUGGCCGCCAUGGACCUUGCCAUGUCGCACCAGAUGGAGAACCAGCUGCAAGGAGACUUCUACCGCCUCCUGGGCUUCUCCUCACCAUCCGAGGAGCUGCGGCACGCUCGGGAAAAGUUGCUGGAGCGCGAGAAGGAGGUGGCGGUCCUGAAGGACGCUGCUGUUGAGUUGGGCCGACUGAAGCAGGAGCAGCAGGCAGAGACAGAGGAGCUGGAGGCAGCACGGCGACGAGAAACUGCACUGAGAGAGGAGUGCUCCCGUGCUGCUCAGGCUCUCCGCAAGCAGAUUGAGGAGGUUGCCCUCCUGCGCAACGACCAGGCCGUCUUUGAGCAGGCCCUUGCCGACGCAGACGACCGAGCCGAGGAGUCCGAAGCCCGGACGAAUGCCUCCGCAGCGCAGGUAGAAGCGGCCGAAGAAAGGGCUGACGCGGCUGAGGAACGUGUCAAGUCGGCGGAAGAACGGGUCAGGGCCGCCGAAGAACGGGCAACAGUGCUUGACGAGCGCGAGCAAGCGUCCGAAGAGAGGGCAAAAGCGUCCGAGGCCAGGGCGGAGGAGGUAGAGCGGGCAUUGCGGGCGGUCAGGGCUCAGACGGGCAGUGCUGAUGUUGCAGCAAAGCUGCGGAGGGUAGAGGAGGAAAAGGCGCGCCUGGCUGAGAUAGUUGAGGGGCUGGAGAGAGUGAACGAAAAGCUGAGGAGGGGACUGGCGGAGGCGGAGAGUCGGGAGGGGAAACUGAGUGCUGAGAAGAAGGCAGUCGAGCAGGAGAGAGCGACUGCCGUUGACAAAGUGAGCGGCUUGGAGAGUGUGGUUGCUGACUUUGAGGCAAAGAGGAUGGAAGCGGAGAAAGACAAGGAGGCCGCAAAUGACAAGCUGUUGGAGCAGGGUGCUGAGAUUGCGGUCCUGAAUGCGAAGCUCGUGGCUUCAGAGGCGACCGAGGGGGCUCUGAGAGCGGGGAUAAGCGAGCUCGAAGAACGGUUGGCAGCAGCCGCUCAAGUGGAGAUGACACUGAAGGGAAAAGUAGGCGAACUUGAACGGGCGGCACUUGGCAGCGAGGCGGCUAACGAAGGACUGCGAAGGGGCGUUGUGGAGCUGGAGGAAACGGUUUUGCGGAUGCAGGCAAACGAGACGGAACUCCGGGAUCGGAUCCUAGAGCUCGAAGCGGAGGUGUCGGCAGGGGCGGAGAGGGAACAAGGGCUGGAGCAGCAGACCUGGGCGCUUCGAAGCGACGUGGCGCGUUUGGAGGAAGAGCUUUCCGGAGCGAAGAGCAAAAUAGGCGCUCUGGAAGCGAGUAAAGCGGUGCUUGAAGAGGAGAGGAAUGAGCUCCACAUGGUUGCUUCGAAGCUCCGGGAAGAAGUGGCGCGUUGGGAAGAAGAUGCGGUGCAGGCGCGAACGGAGCUUAGCGCGGCAAGAGCGGAAGCGGAUAGAUCGAAGAGCCAAUGCGAGGAGAUGAAGGAGGCGGCUCUCGGAUACCAGGCGACGAUCGACCAGCUUGAGAGCGAACUCGAAACUGGAAAGGAGAGGGAGUGUGUCCUGGAGGAGCAGCUGCUGACGUCAGCAGAGGACGCGGAACUCGACCGCGAGGAAAAGACGGUGCUACAGAAGGACUUGGAAGCGGCACGGCAGGAGGUCGCGGUUCUGACUGAGGAGAUCACCGCGGUCGCAGCAAACUCGGAGGAGAUGCGGGAGUCUUUGGAAGGAGCUGUAGCCGGAGCAGAAGAAGCGGAGGAGCUGCGGAGACAGCUGGCGGGGCUCAUGGACGACAAGGAACGGUGGGGAGAGCGCUUGGAAGAAGAGGUGACGGCAGUCACGGAGGAGAGCGAGCGGCUGGCCGGCGAGAUGGAACGGCUGACGUCACAGCUGGCGACGGUCGUGGGAAUCAGCGAGAAGCGGAGCGGGGAGAUCGAGGGGCUGGUGGAAAGGUUGGCGGCGGCCAAAGCGGAGAAGGGGGCACUAGCGAGCGAGGUUGAGAGGUUGAAAGAUGCGCUCUCGCAGAAAGACGGGGAGGUCAAGACGCUGGGGGCGGCGCUUGCUGACGCCAGCAGCCAGCACGCUGAAGUCAGGGGCCAGCUCGGCAGGGCCAGCGGCUGGGCGCGAGCGUUGGCGGAGGCUCUACGUGCCAUGCAAGUAGAGAACGACGAGGCGAAGGGGACAGCGAAAGAAACUGAGGAAGGAUUGAAGAGGGAGCUUGAGCGCUUCGCAGAGAAGGCAGACGCGCUGGAGCAAGAACUGAUUGCGACUAGAGCGGAGUGUUCGUCGCUUGGCGAGCAACUAGAGAAGGCGGAAAAGGAGCGCGCCCAGCUCGCAGCGGGACAGGAGAGCGCUGCGGAGGAAGUUGAGAGCCUCGGGCGUGCGCUUGACGACGUCAGCAAGCGUCAUGUUGAGGAGGUGCAUCGCCUGGAUGGCGAGCUUCGUAACGUGAGUGCAAAGCACGGGGCAGCGAAAGCGGAACUAGAGAUGGCGAGAAAAGAGUGGGGACGGGAUGAAAGGCGGUUGGAGAUGGUGGCGCAGGCUGCACUGAGCGAGCAAUUCAUGUGCAGCUUGGAAGCGACUGCUGUCAGAGAUGAGGUGGCGGGACUGGAGAGCCGGUCGGCGGCCCAGUCUGAGGCUGUAACUAGAGCGACGAGGGAGUUCAAGGCCCUGGAGGGACAGCUGGCGGCGAAAGUGGAGGCGGUCAUGAGGGCGGAGGGAAAAGCUGCGGAGUUGGAAAAGAAGCUGGCGGCAGAGAUAAACGCUGUGACCAGGACUGAAGAAAGAGUGGAGGAACUUGCGGGACAGCUGGCAGCGCAAGUUGGAGAGGGCGAGCGACUGAAGUGGCACGCGGCGGGGCAGCUGCGAGAGGCUGAGGAAGAGAAACGGGGCGCGAGAAGAGCGAACGAGCGGGCCCAAGGCACCAUGGAGGAGUUGCGGAGUGAUGUGGAGGUUCAGAAGUUGUUCACACUGCAGCUAGAGACGGCCAGGGCGGACAGCGAAAAGACGGUCAAGGGUGUCCGGGAAGAAAAAGUGGCCCUAGAGCGUGAUCUGAUCGAGAAAGGGGCGGAGCUAGAAAGGGCCGAGACGGCAUUGGCAGAGGCGCGCUCGGCGUGCGAGACGCUCGAGGCACAUGCGGAAGAGGAGCGGAAAAAUGGCUCGGAGGAACGGGAACGGACCUCCGCAGAGCUGCAAUCGCUUGGGACGGAGAUCGAGCAUCUAAGAGCCGCUCUCAGCGACAAAGAGAGCGCGGUCGAGAACAGCGCAGCGGCGCUGGAAGAAGCGCGUGCGGCUCUGGAAGCGGAAGAGGCGCACUGGGCGGAUGACGUGGCACGGCUGCGGGAGGAAGAAAGUCUGGCGGCUGCAGAGAAGGCGAAGUUGGACGAGCGGAUUCCGGCGCUGGAAGCGGAGCUGGCGGAACGCUCGGCACAAGCGGAGAGAUUGGCGGAAGAGCGGAACGCGCUGGAGGCGAAGCUGGCCGUUGUGACCACUGAGUGGCACAAGACGGAGACCGGUCUGCGCUCCGCAUUGGAAGCGGCUCAGCACGACGCAACCGCCGCUGAGGGACACGUGGCGGAAGUCGAGAGCCUGCGCGCCCAGCUGGCUGCCGAGCAAGGAGGACACGUGGCAGAACUUGAGAGGCUGCGUGCGCGGCUGGCGAUCGAGCAGGAGCUGACAGAGCAGAAGGGGGCCGAGUGGCAGAGAAAGGUCCAGCAACUAGAGGUGGAGAAAGCGGAGGCGCUGGGGAAGAACACGCUGGCCUUAUUGGACACGCAAUCCACCGUAGCUGAGGAGCUGCGUAUCAUCCGACAGGAGCUCAAGGGAGCGCAGAUGGAUGCCGCGGCAGCAAUAGCACUCGCGGAAGAGCAGCGGCUGGAGUGCGCUCUCGCGAUUGCCGACAAGCUGACUCUAGUCGACCAGCUGCGCUCCGCAAUGGACCUUACCAAGAAGUUGACGGCCCGUCACGACGAGUUGGUCGCGCUGACACAACUAGAAGCGCGGGUGGCGGCUGCCGAAAUGGACAAGUGCCGGCAGCAGAUUGAGGAUGGGCGCGCACGGGAAGAAGCCCUCAAAGAACAGGUAAAGCUUCGCACAGCGGAACUGGCGGUUGCAUCCGGCACACUGGCGGUGACAGAGAAAGAGCUGCAGCUGAUCAAGGAGCAGUGCCAAGCGGCCGAAGUGGCGCUCGCUGCCUGCCAGGCUGAGCUGUCGAACGUGACGUCAGCUCUGGCGAUCAGCACUGUCGAAGCAACCGCCCUGCGACAGCAGCUCGACAACCUGCGCGUGGCCCACUCAGAGCUGGAGACCCGCUCUGCGGAAGCGCAGCGCGCUGCUACAGCAGAAGCGGAGGUACGUGCACACGAGCUGGCGACAGUGGAGGCGCAGGCCGAGAGCCUGAGGGAGGCGCUGGGGAAGCUCUCGCAGCAACGGCUGUCCGUGACGGACGCCAACGCCGCCCUCCAGGCGCAGCUAGACGAGGCACGUGCAUCGGACGUCGCGACACGUGGCCUUCUCGAGGACGCACGUGCCCAGGUCGGCGCCCUGGAGCGCGCGCUCGUGGUCGCGCAGGUGACGUCACUGGGUCUGGCACGUGCCUCGGUCACCAGCGCGGUUGGGGCGGUGAAAGCCACGUGGACGGUGAGGGAGGCGGCGAUCCAGGAGAAGCACCGGCGGGAGAAGGAGGCGUGGGAUGAGGCCGCAACGAGGAAUGAGGCCGAGUUUGCCGAGCUGCGUGAGUUCGCGGAGGUGGAGGCGGGAGUGGUGGCAGAGCGGACGGCGGAACUAGAGGCGGCCGCCAGAGAUCUGCAGGGACACGUGGCAGUCCUUGAGGGGCGCUUGGAGGCAGCACACGGCCAGCGUGAUGACGUGGCAAGGGAGCUGGCGACUUUGCAGGCGGAGUCCGAGGAACUGCGAAGUCAAUCUGCCGCCUCGAUUGCCGCUGCAGAGAUGCGACUGGUCGGCGCGAUCCGGGCUGGCCAGGACAACCUGGCCGCUGCCGCGGCCUCGCACGCCGCCUUGGUCGCCACGCUGCAGUCUGAGAUGGACCAGAUGUCUGAGCUCCAGCUGGCGACCGCGGCGACGGCCCUAGCGCUGGAGGAAGAGAAGGACGCGGUGAAACGACAGCUGGCAGCCGCGGAGGGACAGCUGGCAGCGCUGAGCGGAAACCUGAGCACGUCGACGGAUAAGGAGCGCGAGGCGGCCGCGGAAGUAGCAGCGUGCCGAGAAGAGAUUGAGAGGCUGCGUCAGAACCUCGUGGCAGCAGAUGAGGCGUCCCAGGUCCUCGCCAGCACGUGCAAGGCAAAGGACGAGGAGAUUGCCGAGCUGCAAGCACGACUUGCUGACGUCACAGAGACGCUUAACGUCACCCGGGGACAGGUGGCAGAGAAAGAGUCGGCGGCGGAGGAGGCACGUGCCGAGAAGCGGGCGGUGGAAGCACAGCUUGCCGCGUGUCAGGCGGAACUGAGCCGCACCGAAGGCGCUCUCAACGAAACCCGCCAGUCGCUGGAGGACUGUGUGCAGAAGCUCGAAGCGGCGGAGGAAACGCUAGAGGCGGCGCGAGACGAGGUUAGCGACAUAACCGCUUCUAACGAUACUCUGGCGGGUGAAAAGACAGAGGUUGAGAAACGGUUAGCUCGAGAUACGGCUCUGUGGGAAGCACGGGAAAGGGAACUGGUGGAGAAUCUAAGGGGCGCGGAACAGAAAGCGCGGGAGAUUGAGGAGGAGAAGGCGAGCUUACGUCAGCAAGUUGAGGACCUGAUGUCGAUGGAAGACACGCUCAAGUCGACGCUGGAGCGGAAGCGGAAAGAGGAGGCGAAGCUUGGGGAGGUUAGGGAGCGGGUUAGGGAGCUGGAGGCGGAGCUUAAGAACGUGACGGAGAAGGCGCGCGAGGCGGAGGCAGAGAACCGGGCGCUGAAGCAAGUGCGCGAGCUGGCCGCGCUUGACGUGGCCACUUUGACACUUGAGCGCGACACGGCGCGCACGGCCCUCGAGGAGAAGGAGGGCGCGGUGCGCGAGCUCGAGAAGAAGGCCGCCGUGCUCACCGAGGACGUCAUGAAGCUGGAGCUCGACAACGACCGGCUGGAGGACGAGGUGACAGCGAAGAGCAAGGAGCUGGUGGCGCGCAACCGCGAGAUGAUGGCGGUCGCGGCCAAGAUGCAAAAGUCGUUCCUCGACGAGAAGCGGCGCCUUGCGGACGACUGUACCAAAAGGCUGGCGCUGAAGAGCGAGGAGGUGCGAGCCGCGCAGGCUGCCCUGGAGGCGGCCAAGACGGCGAAAGAGGACUGCGAACGCAAGAUCGCAAUCCUGAUAGAGAACCUGCGGAAGGCAGAGCGUGAGGUGGAGCGUCUAGGUGACGAGUGUGACGGCAUGAAUGACCUCAUGGCGACUGUGGAUGAGGCCUUUGACUACCACUCGGCCACGCUGACGCAGCUCAAAGGGAUGCGGGCUCUUGCCAACCGCAUCAAGAAGGAACAACAGCAGUCGUCGGUGUCAUAACCCUGCUGAUUUCGAACGGCACUAGACAUGUGCUGAAAAGUAGUUCCAGGACCAACAUAGAAUAGGAUUUCAUACUAUCCAAGUAUCGUAGGGCAUCGGUUGCAGGAGUCCGGUCGUACACCCAGAGCAAGAGCAGACUAGCAAAUACGUUUGGCAAUCAGAAGUACUGUACACGUCGAGUUUUGAAACAUUUAUUUUUUGGCUAAAAACUUUCAUGAUAACUUCUAUCACCAAACUUGAUACAUUGCACUUCGUUGAGGUUAUUGUGCUUGGUGAAUGAUG